AAUCGUUUCGCGAUUAUCGAACAACAGAACCAAUUUGGUUCAGAAUUUUACGAGCUUUAUGUAAAUGGAUUUAAUAUAAGCAUUUGUACUGGAAUUUCGAAUGUAAUGACUUUAGAAAAUGAUAUUAAAAUUACAAAUUAUACUUCUCACUGUCAAACUGUUCAUAUAAAUAAUUAUGCGUAUAAUCGACCCUUUUGGUUUAAUAUCACUACCGCUCCUUCUAACAAUAAUGAUAACAGUAAUAAUACGCAACAUGAUUCAAAAUAUCCUUUAAAUCCUUAUGAACUCAGUAUACCUAGUGAUAUUCCUGAUAACAUGUUAUUUUUAAGUUUUGAAUCAAUCAAAUUACAAUUUGAUGAUCCAAAACCUAUAUUUAAAAAAUAUUCCUCAAAAAAAAAAUUAAAAGAUUUAACAGAAGACAUAUUUUAUA